GUAUAGUUAGAAGAUUUCCUGGUCGGAUAAUGCCAUUCGUGUAAUAUAGAUCUUACCGAAUAAAUAACCAUAGAAGUGCUGGUGUCAUUGAAAUCAGCCUUUACGCAUACAGAGAAUUGGUGGUCUUCUCAAAAGCCCAUGUCUGUUUUUCUCAUAUCGUUAUCUCAGAGGAAAUGCUGCUUUGCCAAGUGAAGGUGAAUCAUCGUUUGUGAGUUGUGUGGGGACGCAGUGACUUGUGUUGGACGUCCCAAAGAGCAGAAUGGCUCAGGAGCCUGUUGUUCUCAAUGUCUAUGAUAUGUACUGGAUCAAUGAGUACACAUCCUCUAUUGGCAUUGGAGUUUUUCACUCAGGUGUGCAGGUCUAUGGAACAGAUACUCUGUGGCAAGGAGCUGCCCAGCUGGGUGAACCGCCUGGCGUACGUCAGCUCAUGCAUCCCGUUUAUCGAGCGUGCCAUCCCCAAAGAGUGGCUUACGCCAAAUGCGCUGCAGAAUGUGAUAGAGACAAACUCCCCCACGCAGGAACGGGGCCGACCAGCCGACUCCAGUCGGAGAUAACAGAGCAUGAGGGACAGCUGUUGUGAGUGGAUGUGUGAGCUCCAGCAGACUCCUGCAACAUGUGGGGCGGUUCCUAGCGUGUGUGUGUGUGAUUUCUGGCGUGUGUAGGUGUGCUCACACACGGCCCAAGGCCGUGUUCUUGAUCCUCCAAGUGUGUAGGCUGAUGAUGUAAGCUGUCUGGCUAGAAGUCAAAUUGUCUUAUCCAUUUUGGACUCUUGGUCUUGCUCCUAGAUGCCUCACUUGUGUAAUCUUUGAUUUAUUGAAGUCUGAGUUCAAACAUCUAACUGCUGACCAGAUUUCUCAAGUCCAUGUGUGUAAUGAGGGGAAACCUCUUCGAAUAACUUAUAAAGGGUCUAUGAAUAAGAUAAUUUGAUUGACAGCCUGUCAGAACAUCUGAGCUCCUUAGUUGGUGGGUUUAGAACCCGGACCUUUCGCUUAUGUUUGAUGAAGAAAUUCUAUGGUCAUGUUGUGUGUAUGUAAAGUUAGGAGGGUGUGUUUUAGUCAUAACAAGGGUGCUGCCUUCUUCGAGGUGCUGGCCUGAGAGUUCUAGAACAUUCUUGCCCUAGUUGAGUGGUCAAGACAAAAGAUAGUUCGUUGUGAUGCACAUAGAGGAGGCUGGUAUUCUGAGAACUCUGUUGUUUUAUGAUUGCAGCGUCGGUGUUGUUAGAGUGACAGUCUGUUGUGAGAGCCAAGUUUUUGAAAGUUUUUCUUAAUUUGGUCUAUUUAUCCUGUGUACUUGUCCUGUGUUUGGGUGUUGUCGUGUCUUGUGGGGUAUUGUUUGUUGGUGAAAAGAUGAUGGAAACUUUGGUGGAGAGGGGGGGGGUGUGGUGGUGGGGCAGGGAGCACAUGUGUGUAGAAUUGCAGAUGAAAUAUAAUAUUAUUAGAUUUGUUCAGAUUUUUAUGCGUUUUCCUUGAAUUGUUUUUGAGGAUAACAGUUACUUGCCUUAUACACUCAAUGCAUUUGAUGGUUAUGAAAUCAAAGGUAAAGUUGUUUCUGAAGGGAACUUCCUGAUUUGUUUCUUCAGUGAACGAGCCAUGAUGAUGAUGAUGAUAGCAAGCGUUCUGAGACUUUGUUGAUCUCUGUUACUCCAUUCUCCAGCUGUUGCUCUCUCUUUCUCUCUCUCUGUUGACUGCAGUUGUUGCAAUUUCUUGACGAGAACUCUGUUGUACAUAGGACUUUGGCUCUACUACUGACUGUCUUUUGGUUGUUUUUUUUUUUU